GGCAGUGCGGCGGACGGGCGCGGGCGGCCCGGGGGGCCAGCUAUUAAUACCGCGGCCGCCCAGCCCGGGUCGCGCAGCCAUGGCCAGCCCGGAGCCCCGGCGCGGCGGGGACGGCGCCGCCCAGGCCACGAGGAACACAAGAGCAGAGGCCACUUCUCUUCAAGAGGAGAACUCUGAAUCCCCAUAUGAGGUGGGGACCUGGAACCCAGAAGUUACUCUGUCUUUGGAAGGGACCUUGAACUUAGAGGAUAUUCUCUACCUAGGGGACACAGGUGACUUUGAUGUGGCUAUGUAUGUGGAAGAGACCGAGAAGCCUGAGGAGACGCUGCAUAUUGAGGAGACCAGGACGCCUGAUGAGGCCCUGUAUGUGGAGGAGCCAGGAAAGCCAGAGGAGAUGCUAUAUGUGGAAGAGCCCGUGAAGCCGGGGAAGACUACAAGCCCAGAGCAGAUGGUUUAUGGGGGAGAGACAGUCCCGAGCGAGGAGAAACCUAACCCCGAGGAGAGCCUCAGAGCUGGGCCGAGUCCCAGCACAGAGGAGAGCCUGAGCACAGAGGACCUGGAAUUGCUGGAGGAGCGUUUCCAGCAGUGUGUCCAAGCCGUGGCCCAGCUGGAAGAGGAGAGGGAUCAGCUCAUCCAUGAGCUUGUGUUGCUCCGGGAACCAGCCCUGCAGGAGGUGCAACGGGUCCACCACGACAUCCUGGCUGCCUACAAACUGCACGCCCAGGCAGAGCUGGAGAGGGAUGGGCUGAGGGAGGAGAUCCGGCUGGUCAAGCAGAAGCUGUUCAAGGUGACGAAGGAAUGUGUGUCCCACCAAUAUCAGCUGGAGUGCCGCCGGCAGGACGUGGCCCAGUGUGCCGAGUUCCGGGAAGUGCUGACCGCCCGGGCAGCCCAGCUCUCGGAGGAAUUAGCCCAGCUUCGGGACGUCUAUCAGAAGCAAAAGGAGCAGUUACGGCAACAACUAGAAGCACCUCCAAGCCAGAGGGAUGGGCGCUUUCUCCAGGAGAGCCGGCAGCUCUCUGCCCAGUUCGAGAACCUCAUGGCAGAGAGCCGCCAGGGCCUGGAGCGGGAGUAUGAGCCUCAGCUGCUGCGGCUCCUAGAGAGGAAAGAAGCUGCGGCCAAAGCUCUGCAGAAAACCCAGGCCGAGAUCCGGGAGAUGAAGGAGGCUCUGCGACCCCUGCAAGCAGAGGCCCUUCAGCUCCACCUGCAAAACAGGAGUCUGGAGGACCAGACCACCCUUGUGAGGCAAAAACGAGACGAUGAGGUGCAGCAGUACAGGGAACAGCUGGAGGAAAUGGAGGAACGACAGAGGCAGCUAAGAAGCGGGGUGCAACUCCAGCAACAGAGGAACAAAGAGAUGGAGCAGCUAAGGAUCAGCCUUGCUGAAGAGCUCUCAACAUACAAGGGCUGUUUAGAAACAUAUGGCCGAAUCUGUAACCAAGAAACAACAAAAAAAACUUCUUAGCAAAGGAUCACUAAGUACCCUCUGGACAUACUUUUUUCUAAACAGAGAAGGGAGUGCCAGGGAUUUGGCAAGCAGUUCACUCUGGGAAAGUUACAAAUACUGGCUGACCUGUUUAAAAAGAUUCUAGGGCUGGCUGGAGGCAGAAUACUAUCAGUCAACUCUUAGCUGGAUUCUAUUUCAUAGGCUGCUGGUACUGAUUUCAAUGCACUGAGGAAUGGAAAAAUAAGUCUCCUGUCACCCAUCAGCAACCCUCCACACGCACAAAGUAAAGGAUGAAUGUAUGGACACACCUUGCUGUAUUGUGAAGAAUGUAUCUUGCCUUCUGUUGACCCAAAGCAGAAAGUUUUUCAGGAACACAGGUGGAGUAAAAAAGGAAGCCGAUUUUCCUUAUAUUCAAGUUGACCCCUGAACAAUGUGGGGGUUAAUCUGCAUAUAACUUAGUUGGCCCUCGGUAUCCGAGGUUCCUCCACAUCCACGGACUCAACCAACCACUGCAGGUAUAGUACUGUGGUAUUUACUACUGAAAAGUAUAAGUGGACCUGUGCAGUUCAAACCCACGUUGUUCAAGGUCAACUGUAUAUGGGUUUACAAUUUGAAUUCUUUUGUGCCAUGAGUGUUAGACUUUAACUGAAUCCCUUUACAAAGAUUACUUUUCUUUAAAUCUGUGCUGAUUCACGUAGAUUUACUCUUGUGUCAUGGUAAUUUUCACUAUACUCUAAAAGAACUAUUAACUUAGAAAAAAGAACCAAUCCAGAUUUCCCCAAAGAUGAUUUUGAUUUUUCACCUCAUGAAAAGGAUUUUGGGUCAGAAUGAUCUACUCAGUUAAAUUGGGUGAUUGAAGAACCGGACAUUUUACCUGGUUAUGGCACUUGGCUUUCAAGAGCCUAUUUUUCUAACCUCUAAGUACAGGUCCCAGUGAAAAGAAUACUGGGGAGAUUCAACCUCCCUAUGAGAAAAGGUCAAACACCUUUUCCAAAUUUAAAUUUUGCCUUAAAUUCUCUCUGCCACACUGCCUCUGACAUUCUUGAAACUUCAUGUAGUUCUCUAGAGAUAGACUUCAAAAAGAUGUUAUUUUAUCAAAGACUAAUCUGUGCACCUCUGAUUCAGUAUUUUAUGUCUUUCACUUUCCCUGGGAAGGAGUAAAGCUCUUUGCUAUA